AUGGAUGGUUUGAUUUUGGCAUUAUAUAAGGACGAUGUAAAAACAGUAAGCUUAGUGUCCAAGAGUUGCGGGACUGGCGGAGAGGUGGUGGACGCGGUGGUGGAAGAGAGUGAAGGAGUUGGGAUAGAAGAGAAGCUGAGGAGAAGGUUCAUGCUGAAUUGGAUAGCAAGUGAUUGCAAGUUGUGCAAUAGCACAGGAGGAAGGUGUGGCUUCAAUUCAACUAUAUUCACUUUCCAGUGUUACUGCACUGAUCGAAUUCAUGCUUCUAAAUGUGAUAUUAUUACAGCUGCUGCAGUUACUCUGCUGUUAGUGAUGGUCAUCCUCUACUACACGAGACGGAAGAAGCAAAAUCUGAAACACCUUCUGGUUGAUACCUUUUUGGAGAGGCAUGGACACCUUCAAAUCAACAGGUACAACUAUUCCGACAUGAAGAAAGUGACCAACUCCUUCAAAAACAAACUAGGUGCAGGGGGAUUUGGCAGUGUAUACAAAGGACAAUUAAAGGAUGGACAACAUAUUGCAGUGAAGAUCCUAAGUGAAUUGAAAGGUGAUGGUGAAGAUUUCAUCAAUGAAGUUGUGAGCAUGAGCAGAACUUCUCAUGUUAACAUUGUUGCUCUUCUUGGCUUUUGCUUUGAAGGUUCUAAACAAGCUUUGGUUUAUGACUUUAUGCCUAACGGGUACAAUGACUUCUCAUAG